GUCGCCAUUACCGUCGCCAUUUUAUGCAAAAAUUUUGUGGAUUCCGUGAUUUUGAACAUGAUAAUGGUCAUUUUCUCAUCUUUUCAAGGUUAAAUAACUUCUGAACAUAGUUUUAGAUCAUGGAGUGACCAUGAGUCACCCGAAUACAUUGCUGAACGGCUGUAGCUUGGAGGAUUGUUAUACGAAUUUGUUUGCUUUGACGGACUUGUGUGGGAUUAAAUGGCGUAGAUACAGUACUGAUAGUGGUCAUGUGGUGGAACCCUUGGAGGACCCGGUUCUGUCGUCGUUCAGUCGAUGUACCAAAGCUGAUAUUCUCUGCUGUUGGAAGAGGGUGCAGAAGUCCUCGUCAGACUCGCGAGGCAAUGAACAGUACUCCUUUAGUAAGGAGCUUUGGCUGUUCUGGUAUGGAGGACAGCCGUCCAAUCUGCAGGAGCUGCUUUCUCCAGAGUUGACAGAAGCGGAGCAAGGCAGCUGGGAUGCUGGUCUCUCCUACGAGUGUCGUACAUUGUUAUUCAAGGCUCUUCAUAACCUAAUAGAAGGGUACCUUCUCCAGAGAAACUUUGUACGCCUUGGAAAAUGGUUUGUGCAGCCUUACGACACCUCAUACGACUGCUCCUCCUCGGGUCUCUCCACUGAAAAAGGGCCACACCUGUCAAUCUCAUUCUCAUUCUUUCUGCACGGGGAAAGUACAGUAUGUUCAAGUAUAGAUGUACGUCAGCAUCCACCUGUACGCCCAUUGACCAUGAAACAGGUGAUGCUAUGCCAGGAAGCUACCAAUGGGGUGCAAGUGCUUCUUGCACCGCAUGGCCUGACAGGUGUCCUGACUGGGCAGACGUUUAAGGAUUCAGAUCCGGUGGUUCGCAAGCUCUUGGAGGAAUGGCUCCACUUCUACAUGUCUGAAAGAAUUGAAACGGCCAAUGAACAGAAGGUGCCAAGUAUGGUCGAAGUCAUUGUAGGUGGUGUCCAUAUGAAGUAUCCCUCAAGAUUUGUCCUAGUCACAGAUUGCGAUGAGCCUCAUUACGGUAAUCCUGCAAACCUGACAUCAAAUCCACAAAUGCCAAACGUCAGCCGGAUGACUUCACUUGUUUCUUCGUUGUCAUUGACACCUCCGACAUCACCAUGUGACGCUGCGUCUGCUUUAGAAGCCAAUAUCAAGUUAGUCCAGACGUCGUUAUAUGCACAAGGCAGUGUGGAUCCUGGCGGUGGUCUCCCGGCUGCUGACACGAUGACCGAUUGCCUGGUGGAGAAGGUAUGGCAGGACGGCUGUGUGUCUGCUGGGAUGAAACGGACACAGCCUGUAGAUGGUUCUGGAGACGAGAACGGAAUGCUCGGGAACUGGGACUUCGGAGAACCAAUACAGAAAAGCCAUUGUGGUUGCUCGAAAUUAAAGAGCAAAAAUCGGUCUGCACUAAGUGCACAAAAUAAGGAAAAAACAUUAAGUAGCAAUAGUAAAUAUAUGAAGUUAGAAAAGGUGGAGAAGUCUGAUAAGCAACAGUCAAAACAAUCUCGGACACCGUUUCAUCGUAGGUUAGAACAUUCUGAGGAUGUGGUGCACAGCAAUGACUUGGACUUCGUGAUGCAGCGUGUCCAUGUUGCUCCACUUACAAACUUUAAAGGGGCUGUGACACAAGCAAAUGUUAGCCUUCCUUCAUUGAGGACUACGAAUUAUGAUCAGGCAGUGGAGUCCCCUAAUUCCGCAGUUCCAUCGCCUUUAGUGGCUUCGCAUAGUCAGCCAGCCAUCACACAAUCUGCAUCGGAUCCAACCAUGCCGACGUUGAGUCCGCAUCCACCUGUGAAAAACAAUGAGAAGGAUCUAAGUCAUACGAAUCAUGUGCAACCUGAAUCUCAGACUAUUAACGGUGUCACUGGGGGUAACGUGACUAUGAAUUCUAGUGGUUUUGUUGGUGGCCAAGCAAGUGCUGAUGUUUAUAAUAAGCCACUGGGGUCUGUGCCAAAGUGUGAACCAUUAUCUAUACCAUAUCAGGCACCAGUGGAAUCAAAACCAGAUGUCGUGUCGAACUGGUUGGAUCUUCACAAACAUGAAGCAACGCAUCAUCCUGGUUUGAAGCGGCCACAGUUGCCGGCGGCUUCAUAUGAGGAAGACGAGGAACCAAUGGGAAAAUCGUUGUACGAUUUUGCUACGCUCAAUGCAUGGUUAUUGCGGCCUGUAAAGAAAGCGAGGUCCAACCACAGGACAGACGGACAUUCAAAUUCUUCCGGAUCAAGAUCUUUGAGUUCUCACAGCACCCCAUCGCCUGUGACGAGUUGCUUGCCAAUGCAUGACCCUUACGAGUUCUCUGAUGAGUCUUCAACAAAUGCAACAGGAUUCUGCUCGCGGGGCUUCCGAGCAAGUCGCGAUGAUAGUUUCCCUGGUGGGCGACUUAUCAAACAGGAGGACGACGGUAAGGACCAUCGGAGGAGCUCCGAAGGACCAUUUGGCUUCAAAGAGGAGCAGCCUAAUGGAGACAUGGGAGACCUGGGCUCACCACAGACACCUGGUGCCCAGCUGGGGACAACCAGCCUCAUGAGUGAAAAGGAUUUGGUGCCAACGAUUACCGACCUUGAUAGGAUAUUUGACACUUCUGGCGAGGAGGAUAACGAUGACACUUUUCAGGAGCCCAUGGGCAAUGGUGGCAGCAGAUUGUGUGAUGAUGCAGUGAUAAAAGGCAGCAAGGGAACCAGUUUGAAUAGCAGUACAGGAGCUGGCAUUAUAGGUACAACAGAGUUAUCUCGGAUGUUUCCUACUCCACCGUCAAUGGAAAAUAACACCUCACCGUGUAAUGGACAGGCUGACCCUGUUCAUGAGUUGGACCCUGUUUGUGCUCCCAUGGAACAUAUGGCUAGUCCAGAAGCUCCAGUUAAGGAGUGCCUGUUCGUGCACAAGUCUUUACCAUGUGGUCAGUUCAUAGGUUCCUCCAAAUACAGUCCGAUUGAGUUGCCAAGUGGGAAAUUGCCAUCGAUUGAGUUAAACUGUUACUACAAACCAUCUUGGCACUAUCCAUUACCCAUGAUGGAGAAACACCCACAGCAGAGUCAGUACAGCCAUAUGCCGUCUAUGGAGAACGUGGCUAAUAUGGCUCGCUUACCUGUGGAUCGUAUGCUGUCUAUCCCAGCAUCACCAGCAACAUUCCCUGGAAGUAUGCAGCAACGGACACCAAUGAGUUACGAACUGCAAUCGCCUGCCUCAAACGCCUCGUCAUAUUUGAAUAAAAACUUGAACUCCAUAGACAACCAUGGUACAAAUAGUCAGGUACCAGAGGCUCAUAGUCUGACUGUGAACUUAGUGCUUUCAGACACGAUACUCAAUUUAUUCAAGGAUCAUAACUUCGAUAGUUGUAACAUAUGUGUGUGUAAUAUGAGCAUAAAGGGUGCUGACGUUGGGAUAUAUAUCCCAGAGUCUUUAGUGUCUCAGGAACCGCAAUAUAAGUGUGCUUGUGGCUUUAGUGCAGUGAUGAACAGAAAGUAUGGCCACAACUCAGGGUUAUUCUAUGAGGAUGAAGUAGACAUCACUGGCAUUAGAGACGAUCGCUUCGAAAGACAUAAACCCUCUUUGUUGCUGACUGAUAAUCAAAAAGACCCCAAGUGUGGGCCGAAUCGUGAACUUGUGCCACAUUCGAUACUUCACCUGCUGCAGGCGCAGUAUGCGUGUCCAUUCCCUGGGAGUACAGUAUUACAUCACUCGAAGAAGAUCAAGGUCCAUUCGUCUCUCGUCACAAACGUCAAUAUCGUACCGAAUACGCUGGAAAUCCAAGAUGCAUGUGAAUCAUGUAUGAGAGCUUUAGAGCAGGGUAAACAGGUCAUGGAGAGCUACUCGGCCACCAAGUUAGAUGAACCACAUCACAAAGCAAUGUGCUUACACAAGUGGUCAUUUUUGAGAGCUGAGGUGCCAGCCAACAGUCAAGAUCUAGUCCGUUUAUUGAAGUCAUUGCAGCCUCUGCUUCAAGAUGCCAUACAGAAGAAAAGGACCACACGGUUAUGGGAGUCCACGUACACGAUCACUGGACCACUCACGUGGAAAGACUUUCACAAGUUGGCUGGGCGAGGCACUGAUGAGGCAUGUGAGCCUCAGCCGAUCCCAGCGAUAUUAGUCGGCUAUGACAAGGAUUGGUUAUCUUUAGCUCCACAUGCUAUCAGAUACUGGGAAAAACUCCUCCUUGAGCCUUACGGCAAGGCAAGAGAUGUGGCCUUUGUCGUGGUCGCCCCUGAGAAUGAAUUCAUCCACAAUAAUGUCAAAACAUUCUUCAAAGAGCUCAGCACCGUGUACGAACUCUGUCGCCUCGGUCGACAUUGCCCGAUCCCCAAGUUGAAGGAUGGUAUAAUGCGUGUUGGCAAGAAGUAUGGACUAUCCAAGGGAUUAGAUGAUGAAGUCAGUGAAUGGUUUACCAACGUGGGGUCUUCACUCGUGGCAUCCAAGCUACGAAUGUAUGCCCAGGUGUGCCGGCACCAUUUGGCUCCCUACCUGGCGGACCAAUCACUGGACAAAGCGCUCUUUGAGAACCACAGCAAUAAAGCAACACCAAAACCUCAGCCACAGCCACAGCCCUCACCUUCUCCUCAUCCUCUCAUGUCAGAUGGACCGGCCUCGGUGCCCACCCCUCAGUCCACCCAUGGAGAUGAAAGAGAAGGUUGUGAGUCGACUAGUCAAGAGAAAAGCCUGAUCCUGCAGGAGCCCGAACCAGACGAAGAUGCUGAGAUCCCAACCAUCGUUGUUUAUAUGGUCGAUCCGUUUACAUAUGGCAAUGAAUGGGAUGAGCUGAGCAGACUGUCCACACUUGGCAUGUUGAGGUGUUACCAAGAGAUGGUCGAAUCAUUACCAGAAACCAUGCGUGACCAUGUCCAAUUACAGGUUGUGCCUCUUCAGAGUAUCCUUGAUCACAAUGGGGAAAUGCGACAACUACAACUGCUCAAAUCUGUCGCGUUUUCCGUGUAUACACAGUGCACACAGACCAUGCAUCACACGUACAUGGGCAGGUCACUCACUGGCUUUGGUCCAGCUGCAUCUGCUGACGCAUUCCUCAAAGUGAAAGAGGCAGACAAGGCUGGUCCGACGAAGCUCUUCAGCCCACCAUUCAUUAUAGCUGCUCAGAAAGAUCAUCAGUCUCAGCUGGCUGAGUCGUGUGGUGAAAUAAAGGAACGCUGUGGUAUUCUCAUGGUUUCUUACUGUUUGUCGGAGGACCAGAGAUGGCUUAUCGCCACGUUGACAGAUGAACGCGGCGAAGUGUUAGAAUCUAGUACAAUCAAUAUAGAAAUUCCUAAUCGGAAUAGACGAAAGAAGGCAUCUGCUCGGAAAAUCGGUCUUCAGAAACUGUGGGAUUUCAUUUGUGGUGUGAUAUCCAUGACAGCGUUGACAUGGCGGGUAGUGGUGUGUCGAUUAGGUCGUUUAGGACAUGGUGAACUCAAAGGUUGGGCUGGUUUGCUCAGCCGUAAGAACCUACUUCGUGCCUGCAAGCAUAUCCGAGACAUCUGUGGUUUGUGUAGCUCCUUGUCAGCGACAUCAACGGCUGGUGUGCCAAGUAUUCUCAGCGCAUGCCUCAUCUCCAUGGAGGCGCAGCCAACAUUCCGGAUCGUUCCUGAUGUGGUCAAGCAGGAGGAGGUGCAGAGUAGUAACUGUCCACUGAGCACGCCCAAGGAUGCCACCGUCACUCACAUUCUUGUGUUCCCGACCUCAGCCACUGCAGCGGCCAACACUGCCCCGUUGCAACCUGAAAGCCAUAUGGAUAUCACAGCAAGUCUUGGGGCAGACAUCGAUGAUGAUGACCCACUCUUCUCUGGCUUGAAGGAGGAUCUCAACAUGAACAUCGACCAAGAUCUCAAUAGCUUCCUUAGUCUGGCUGACAGUCCCGUCCCAUCGCCUGGAUCCCCUGGUCGAGGUGGCCAGGCGUCACCCUCGCAGUCACCUGGCUUGGGCUUGGGUUGUUCCACUUCUCCCAUGUUUGCUGUGGGCAAAGGCAACUCAGGCUUCACCUGUGAUCCCCAGGAUGAAUCCCCCAAUCUGCUCCAUCAGCCUCUUGCCAUGGGCUACUACGUUACAACUGCCAAAACCGGCCCCCUUCCCAAGUGGUUCUGGUCAGCUUGUCCACAUGCGGAGGGGAUUUCACCCACUUGUUUCAAGUUUGCCCUCCAUGUGCAUUGUCCGGCUGUGCAGCAGAAUCCAGAUGACCUCUUCCAUGCGUCACACACCAAGCAUACUCAUUCGUUGGAUUCUAAUUUCACCUGUGAUGUACUCAGAUAUGUGCUUGAGACUUACAACUCGCUGUCUUGGCUGACGAUGGACGUGGCAACGAAUGAUCGAAGGUCGGCCCUGCCGAUCAACUUUCUGGUGCUCAUGCAGCUCUACCAUGCUCUCAAUGCCUUUGUGUAGGAUGCGCAUGUUCACACUGUGUCUGUGAUUGUUGACUGCUUCAACUCAGGAUGAUUUCAAACAUGAAAUUUUAAAUUAUAUGCAGCAGGUUUCUCAAAUCCAAAGGAUAGAAAACUUUAUAUGAUUUCGGGAUCGUGUUGCGGCUGUUGGACAUUCUUUCAUUCGUGUGGGCAGAUGGAUCAGCCAUCUCUGACUGAACGAGGAACCUCUUGAAGAGUGUGGUUUCUCUAUUACGAAGGAAAUGUGAGGGUAUAUAAUACUCUUCGAGGAUUACUCCAUUCAUUUCAAAGACGGCAUUAUUCUGGACUGACAAAUUCUUGUAUAUUUCUUACUGGGGGAAUCACGUUGAUAUCCUGGGGUGACUGAUGUAAAUAAAGAUGAUCUUUCUCAAGCCUGUGCCUGUAGUGCAGGAGUGCAUCGACGGGUUUCAGGUGCUCUCCCGGAAAAACUUGACCCGUACCAAAUUCCUUGAUCCGCACCUGUAGUCCAAAGUGUCAUCAGUGACACAUGAAACAUAACUAUACUCCAGUCUCAACUAAACUUUCUGCUAUCGACCUUCAACAGUGAUUGUUUCCUCAAUUUCCUUGCUUAUUCCCAAAUUCCCCUCCUCUUUCAAAUUUCUGGAAGAAUCACGCCAGACUGUGUGUACAUGAGGUGGAUUGAGCUGGUCCCACUCUGUAAUCAGGAUGGCAAGUCUGAUAUUUCCACUAUCAGUUAAAAAAAGUCUAUAGAAUCAUGUCAAAAUAGCCUCAGUUUCUCAGUGAUGUUUUACUGUGAACACUCGAGUUGGAGGCCACAUUGGUUAAAUUCAUGAAUGUUUGUUUUUUUAAAGGAAAACAAGAAUACUCCGAUUCAGCUUUUUAAACAGGUUAAAUUAUUUUGAUAUUUAAUUAAGUUAUACAUGUAAAUCGUUUGAACAUAAUGUGUGAUUUAACUGCAUGUUCAGAAGAAGUUAUUUAUCAGUUCUGAUGAGUUGUCAUUUUUAUGGUCACAAUUUUUGCAGAUUGGGUAGCUGGGGGGG